AUGACUGAUGAUGGCUGUCAAUUGCAUGGUAUGUACUAUGAACCACAUAACAUGGAACCAGGGGUCAAAUAUCCAACUGUACUAUUUGUUUAUGGAGGACCCCAAGUACAACUAGUUAAUAAUUCCUUUAAAGGUCUCAAGUUCCUACGUUUGCAUACACUAGCUGCCCAAGGUUAUGCGGUCGUACUUAUAGAUGGACGUGGAUCUUGUCAUCGAGGCCUUAAAUUUGAGAGCCAUAUUAAUGGCUGCUUAGGUAAUGUAGAGUUGGAAGACCAAGUGGCAGGACUUCAUUGGUUAUCAUCUCAUGUAGAUUUUAUUGAUUUGAACAGAGUGGCUAUUCAUGGUUGGUCCUAUGGUGGUUAUUUGUCAUUGAUGGGCCUUGCACAGAAACCAAAUGUUUUCAAGUUGGCCAUUGCUGGUGCACCAGUUGUAAACUGGCGACUUUAUGACACUGGUUACACUGAACGUUACAUGGAUCUUCCCCAGAACAACCCAACAGGAUACCAUGAAGGUUCAGUUCUCUUCUACAUAGAUAUGUUCCCUGAUGAAGAAAACCGUUUGCUGAUUAUUCAUGGCCUGUUAGAUGAAAACGUCCAUUUUCACCAUACAAACUGUUUAAUUAAUGAAUUGAUACGCUCGUGUAAGCCAUACCGAUUACAAGUGUAUCCAAAUGAACGACAUGGAAUCCGCAAUCAUGAUGCCAGUGAGCAUUACAAGACAAUGGUCCUCAGUUUCCUUCAGACUCACUUAUAA